AUGUCUAAUGAUUAUGAAAAAAAGAGAUCUGCCUUAACAGUAUCCACUGCUUCUAUCGAUGCAUAUUCAGAUGAGUUGAAAAGAAUCGAAAAUAAAAUUGAUGUACAACCCAUGAAGGGAUGGAUGAAGAAGAAAAGCCCUGCUAUCCUCAAAGGAUGGCAAAAGCGUUACUUCAUGCUCGUUGAGAACUUGCAAGAAGGACCCUGGAAACUAGUGUAUUUCGACAACGAUGUAAGUCAAAUCAACCCUCAAUGUAGAAAACCGACACCAAGCCCAAUGGAGCUUUCGAUUUAUCAACAAUUACAUCCAUUAAUUAGAUCUCCAAAAAAGAAUUCACUAUUUAAUUUCCUGGUCGAAAUCUAGAAUUAAAAGUCAAAACUCCAGAAUUGAGUCAACAAUGGAUUACCACUCUCAAUAGUCUCAGAACAGCACCCUCCCCUCAGAGAACUAACAGACAAGUCAGCAUGGACUCAGUCGUCAAGAUGGCUGACGAAAGUCCUACCAAAAGUAAGAGUUCUCCUAUUUUGUAGUCUAAAACCAUAAGAUUGUGGAUACAUACACUGCUCAAUAGGCAUAGAUGUAUAAGGAGAGGCAGCGAAAUUCCCUGCUCGUAGACUUGUCCAAGGGAGAUAAGAAGAGCAAGGAAAAGCAAAUCAUCUCCCAAUUAUCUAAUGAGAAGAUGAUUGAACUAGUCGGUUUGAAGGAAUUCAUUAAAAACAUGAAUGAGCAAUUUAUUUAUCAACGAAUGAUGUAUGGCUAUUUGGGCAAAAGAAGCAAGGGCAAGGUAAAGUACUUUUAAAAGCGUUGGUUCAUUCUUGUAUCAGCUAAACCUUUGGUAUUUGAUAUUUACAAUAGUAGUAUUCUGAUUACAAUGAUGAAAAGAUACUGCAAGAAUCACAACUACCUCCUUGGUUGGAACUGGAUACCAUAACCUAUUUCAAACAAAAUGAAGAUGGGAAACCACCUAAAGCCAAAGGAGAUGUCAAAAUGUUGGAUUGCUAAGAAAUCAUAAUCAAGAACAUGUCCAAAUCAAAAGAAAGUGGAUACACCUUCAAAUUGAAUAUGGGAGAUAGAUUAUAUCAUCUCAUGGCUGAUUCUGAAUUGGAACGCACAAAGUGGCAAUCAGCCCUAAGUGCAUCUAUCAGAAUAACUAAGGAAAUCAAUAACCCAUUAAAAAUUAAAAUAAAAAAGAACAUUGACCCAUUAAUCAAGUUGUAUGACGAAGAAACUCAAUUACCAGUAAGGAGAGAGAAGAUUCGAUAGAAACUAGAAUCAGACAUGAUAGCCAUCUUGACAGACGAUGAUGCAGAUCUCAAUAAAUUGAUUAAUUAAUUGACCAAUCUGAGACAAGACAUGUUGGAAUCAAUGUAAGCUAGUAUUGUGAAGGAUCCUUAGAGAAAGGAUAUUGUAAAGGAAUACACAGAUAUAUAUCAUGAAAAAAUUUGUGGUAGAAUUACAAAGUUUUGGGAUUAGUCUUACAUGAAAAUCUAAGUAUUUAUAACUUAAUAUCAUAAUUAGUCUCCAGAAUUACUACUUAUAGCAUAAUGGCUGCAUGAUUACUCGCUGCAGAUGAAGGAUUUCUUUAAUGAUGAUCGUAUUCUCUUAGGAGUUGGAGUGCUGUUAAACAUCUAUGUAAAUAGAUCACUUGAAAGCAUGGAAUCAGUUGUCUAUCAAAUAAUUGAGCAGGAAAGAAUUUAGGAGCCAUUCUAGAAUGAAUAAGAACAAUUAGUUACUUAGACUCCUGUUGAUCUGUUUAAAAUCGUAAACGAAGGUUUUGAUAUGGCAUAUAAAUUAUGUUCAUGUAAAGAGACAGUACUUAGAUUUGGAGGUUUUGGCAAAGUUAUCCUAUAAUAGUAUUAAGGUGGGAUUCAAGAAAUCAUUGAUGAACACCAACUCCCUGUUUCUAAAUUAGUGGCCAUAUGUAACAACACUUUGGCUUUGCAUGAUAAUACCAAACAAUAUGCCAAAAGACUCCAAUCUAUUGGCAAUUUAACUGAUGAGGAAGUUGAAAAAGUAUUUGAUGGACAGAAAAUCACCAAGAAUUUUGUUUAGAUUGCCAAUAAUUGUAGGGAAAGAAUAUUCGUUUUCUAUUUCAGUCGGGUAGGCACUCAUUUUAAAAAACCUUAUCUCGAAUUCAAAAUUAUAGAUACUCUCAAAUCCAUAAUUGAACCAGCCACUGAAACCUUAUCACAAUUGCAUGACAGCUUUAAUAGGAAACUCUGGAAACAACUCACUGAUUCCAUUAUUCUCUACUACUUUAAUUAAUUCAUUAUCUCUUGCAGUAAGGCUAAAAAGGAGCAAUAGAAUUAAUUCAUCAGAAAAUUAGAAAACGACAAAGAUAUUCUAUUUUAAGAAUUAGAAACAUUCAUUUUUGAGAAGUAAUUGUAAGCUACUCUUAAACCUUUUGAUGAUAUGAUAUCAUUUUUAAACGAAGAAUCUCUGAGUAUUCUGGAUCCUUGUAAAAGUUUACGAUUGUAUUUUGGCAGAGCGUUUUCAGAAAAAACAAUCAAAUCUAUUAUGACUCUAAGAUUCGAUUUGGAUAAAGAAUAAAAGAAAGAUACUAUUGAAAUUUGUAAGAAUCUAAUUGACGAUAUCAACAAAACACAACCUAUGGAGGAUGAAAGUGUUAGAAUUAUGGACUUUUUAGGUUAAGAGGAUGACCAAUAAGAAAUUGGCUAAUAGUAAGAAUAAGUGAUCAGAAGAGCAGAUAUUAAAUUAGAUUUUAAUGAUCAUGAAGUUCAACAUGUAAACAUAUAACUAAUAAUUAUAGAUUCCCUAAUAAUAACAAUAACGAAACUCAAUUGAAAAGGAAGAAUUCAUAGAUGAAGGCUAUCUCUAUAAGAAGAAACCCAAAUCGAAAGCCUGGGAUUAUAGAUAUGUUAGAAUUAGAAAAGGGUUUAUCUAUUGGUAUAUCAAUUCCAAUUCAAGAGAGGCAUAAAACAAAAUCAGCCUUCAAAAUGUGGAUGAAGUCAUUCCAAAUCCAAAGAAACCUGCUAAUUUUAAGAUCUAGUUAGAAGAUUCCAAAAUUUAUAAAUUUAAGGCUUAAACCAAGGAAGAAUGCGAAUUGUGGAUCAAGACUAUUUUAAGAGAAUAGAAUCAAGCUGAGAUUGCAGUGAUUACACUAGAAGCCAUAGUAAAUAUCUAUUAUAUAUAUGAUAGUAAAUUGGCAAUGGCAAAAUGCCCAUAAUCAAGGAUUAUGAUGAAAUUGCAAGGAAAGAACGGUAAAGAUAGAAAUAGGAAGAAAGAAAAAGAAGAAGAAUUGAAAAAGAAAACGAGUAAAUAUUCCUUAGUAUCUAGAUUAAAAAAGAAGUAAAUGGAAUUGAAGUAGUUGUAGUAAUAGUAGUUGAAAGAAUUAGGAGAUAAGCCAUUGCCACACUAAGUGGAUAUAUUUGAAUAGCAAGGAGGAUCGGUACAUACUCAUAAUAUAUACAUUUAUAGACAAUUAAAACCAAAAAGACUACUUCUUGUUGGACUUCAUUUUUGAUAACUUUAGGAGUUGAAAAACCUAAAUGA